GAGUUCUAUUUUAUUAUUGUUUUGUUGUUUUUUUCUCAUUUCUAAAAAAUUUUUGAUUGAUAAGUUUGAUUGUUGUUAUUGUUACAUAUUGUAUACGUGUUUAAUUUGCACGCGAUAAUUAUGAAAUCAAUCAUAAUUAGAUGAUGAAAUAUCAUCGGAAUUUUUUUUUCUUGUGUUAAAUAUUCUGUCCAUUUUUAACCUUUUUUUUUGAUAUCAAAAUCCAAUCAUGGAUCAAUUAUUUUUUUUAAUUUUAUUAAAUUGUUCGAUCGGUUUUGGUAGUUAUAUUGCCGGUACAAUACCGAUAUUAUUUUAUCUAUCCGAAUCAAAAGUAAGAUUAUUCAGUGUAUUUGGUGCCGGUAUAUUGAUUGGUGCUGCACUUUGUGUGAUUAUACCUGAAGGUAUUAGCAGUAUAUAUCAAUCAGGACAACAACAACAACAUCAUCAUAAUCAUCAUCAUAAUAAUAAUGUUGAUCGACGAUCAUUAACACAUAAUUCAUCAAUAAUUAAUGCAAUAGAAAAUGAUUCAAAUAAUAAUAAUGUUAAUGAACAAUAUAAUGAUCCACAUACAAUCAUUGGUUUAACAUUAUUAUUUGGUUUUGUAACAAUGUUAAUUGUUGAUCAAUUUUCUACUGGAAUGACCAAUACAGCUGGUGGUGGUGGUGGAUCGCAUGGAUAUAGUCAAUUAACCGCCACUGAUAGCUCAAUUGCAAUCGAAUCAGAAUCUAAUCAUUCCAAUAAAAAAAGUACAUCAAAAUUAACAGCAACCAUUGGAUUAAUUGUUCAUUCGGCUGCCGAUGGUAUUGCAUUGGGAGCAGCAGCUACAACAUCACAUGCCGAUGUUGAAAUGAUUGUUUUUUUAGCCAUAUUAUUACAUAAAGCACCGGCUGCAUUUGGUCUUGUUACAUUUCUUCUACAUGAAGGUCUUGAUCGUAAUCGUGCUAAAAGACAUUUAUUUUGGUUUUCAAUCAGUGCACCAACCGCUUCAUUUUUAACAUAUUUUGGUAUCAAUUCAUCAUCACAACAAACAUUUCAUGAAUAUAAUGCUACCGGUAUUUCAUUAUUAUUUAGUGCCGGAACAUUUUUAUAUGUUGCAGCUGUACAUGUAUUGCCCGAAAUUACUCAACAUCGUCGUUUAAAAAUUAAAGAAUUAUUUCUUUUAAUUGGUGGCUCAUUUUUGCCUUCAUUAUUGACUAUUAAACAUCAUCAUUGAUUGAUUUUUAUUUAUUAAUUAAUUGA